AUGAUGCCCCAGAGGAAGAAAAGGAAGAAAGAUCUUGAUUUUGUAGCUCUGUAUGAGGAAGAGCUGCUGAACUUUGGAUCUGGGUCCGAAUCUGAAUCUGAUGAUGAGCUAGAUCAUGAUUACUACAAGACCAGAGUAUAUGAGGUGAUCACGAUGACUGGUGAUGUUCGGGGUGCAGGAACCAAUGCCAACGUCUUCAUUUCCAUUUUCGGGGAGAAUGGGCUAACUCCUAAGCUCCAUCUCUCUAGCAAGAGCGAAGCUGCCUUUUCAAAAGCCAACGUGGAUGUAUUCCGGGUCAGAACUAACAAUGUUGGUGCCAUCUACAAGAUCAGAAUUGAGCACGACAACACUGGGAAGAAUGCCAGCUGGUUUUUGGACAGGGUCAUCCUGACGGACACGAAGCGGCCCUGCCUCAAGUACUAUUUCAACUCUACUAACUGGCUGAGCAAAGUGGAGGGGGACCGCCAGUUGUUCCGGGACCUAUUGGCCAGCUUUACCCCCAUGGAUAUUCCUAGGUAUAACAAGUAUGAUGUCAAAGUCUCUACUGGAGAUAUAUUUGGUGCUGGGACAGAUGCAAAUGUCUUCAUUAAUAUCUUUGGAGAAUAUGGUGACACAGGGGAACGGUUAUUGGAAAGUGAAAAAGACAACUUUGAAAGAGGCUCAGAAGACAAGUUCACACUGGAUGCACCAGAUUUGGGGCAGCUGAUAAGAAUCAACAUUGGCCAUAACAAUAAAGGCAAAUCUCCAGGCUGGUUCCUAUCCAAGAUUGUCAUAGAAGACAUUGGGAACAAAAGAAAAUAUGAUUUCCCUCUUGACCGAUGGCUGGCCCGAAAUGAGGAGGAUGGCAAAAUCCAACGGGAAAUUCUGGUGGGCGGUGCUAUAACCUCAGGAUUUGGAGAAGAUAAGGAAAUCAUUAAGACAGGUUCCUGCUUUCCAAAGUGGAGGGUGGUGAUUUUGUGUCCAUUCACUGGUAUCCAGCAGACCUUCCCUUGCAAAAACUGGCUGGAUGAAAAGCAAUGUGAUGGGCUGAUUGAGCGGCAACUUUAUGAGGUGGUGUCCCUGCGGAAGAAGAGACUCAAGAAGUUUGCCUGGUCGCUCUGGGUCUGGACAAAUGACCUGAAGCAUGCUGCUUGUGCUGGCCCUGUCUUUAUCCAGCUUUAUGGACAGAAAGGACGAACAGAUCAAAUUCAUAUAAACCCCGGACCACAGGGCUUUAAGCCUGGAAGGAUUGACAAAUUCAGGCUCGACCUCCCAGAUCUCGGAAGAUUUUAUAAGGUCAGAGUUUGGCAUAACAAUAGAACUCCUGGUUCUGGAUGGCAUCUAGUCAAGAUGACACUGAUGAAUAAUCUAACAAAGGCCAAGUAUAACUUCAAAUGUAACCGCUGGCUGGAUACCAACGAGGAUGACUAUGAGAUCGUGAGGGAGCUCACCGCAGAGGGCCCAACAGUUCGGAGGAUCAUGGGAAUGGCCCAGUAUCGGGUGACCCUGUGUACUGGAGACAUUGAAGGAGCAGGAACAAAUGCCCAAGCCUUUGUCUGCCUCUUUGGUGAUGCGGGAGAUACUGGGGAGCGAAUGCUAUGGCACGUCAACUGCAGGAACAACAUGGAAAUCUGUCAAAAAGGCAAUGCGGAUGAGUACACCAUUGAGGCAGUCACCCUGAGGAAGGUGAAAAGAAUAAGGGUUGGACAUGAUGGCAAAGGAGGGAACAGUGGCUGGUACUUGGAGCGAGUGUUAGUGAGAGAAGAAGGACAGCCAGAGAGUGACAAUAUGGAAUUCCCAUGUAACAGAUGGCUUGCCAGGGAUCAAGAUGACGGCCAGUUAAUCCGAGAAUUAUUACCCAGUGGCAACAAUGCACCGUUGAAAAAUGCCAAACAUACUUUUAGGACUAGAUAUAGGAAUGUCACUGUUGAGAGGGUGGUCCCUGAGAACCCUCUGAGAGGGACUAGUGUGGGUAAGGAUCAUGAAACCAAGGUUCUGGUCCUGACUCUGCUGCUAACUAACUGUGUCGCCUUGCAGAAGCAAAUCACCCGACUUGUCAUUGGCCACGAUAGCACAGGAGGCCUGAGUCCAGGCUGGUAUUUGGGAAGCAUUCAGAUUCGGGUGCCACGCCAAGGCAAGAAGUACACAUUUCCUGUCAAUCGCUGGCUGGACAAGAAUGCAGCUGAUGGGCGCACAGAAGUGGAGCUGUACCCCAGCGAGGUUGAGGAGAUUGAGAAAUUGAUCCAUUAUGAAGUGGAGAUUGUGACUGGGGAUAUGGGCAAAGCGAGCACCAGUGCCCGGGUCUACAUGCAGAUCUAUGGGGAAGAGGGCAAGACUGAAGUGCUCUUUCUCAAAAGUCGCUCAAAAGUCUUCCAGCGGGGAAACACGGACAUCUUUCAGCUAGAAGCAGCAGAUGUGGGUGAAAUCUUCAAGAUCCGAUUGGGCCACACGGGCGAGGGCUUCGGGGCUGGCUGGUUCGUGGAGACAGUGACGCUGAGACGACUAGUGCUGCAGGAGGUGGAGGUAACCCCGGAGGAGGAAGCCCGGAAAAAGAAAGAGAUGGACAAAUUGAGGCUGCUGAUGAGGAAGGAGAGGCUGAAGGCCAAGGAGGAGCAGAAGAGGAAGAGAAAGUUGGCAAAGGGUAGUGAUGUGGAGGAUGAAGAGGAGUCCUCAUCAGAGGAAUCUUCAGAAGAAUCAGAAGAAGAGACAGAGAUUGAGGAUGAAGACGAAGAAUUUCAGGAAGUGGUUGAUGUCUACAGUUUUCAUGCAGGUCGCUGGCUGGCCACAGAUGAGGAAGACAAGGAUCUAGACAUGGAGCUGGCACCAUCUGGAAGAUCGGGUCCUGAGCCCAAUACCUACGAGGUCCAGGUGAUCACGGGGUGCAUGCCCAAAGGCGGCACUGAUGCUAAUGUCUUCCUGAACAUCUAUGGUGAAGAGUAUGGGGAUACUGGGGAGCGUGCUUUAAGAAAAUCAGACAAAUCAAAUAAGUUUGAAAAAGGACAGACAGACACUUUCAUCAUCAAUGCCAUCGACCUGGGGCCCCUGAAGAAGAUUAGGAUUCGUCACGAUAACUCUGGCAAUGCCUCUGGCUGGUUCCUUGAACGAGUGGACAUCACUGACCAGAAUAAUGAAACCACGUACUACUUCCCAUGCCAGCGCUGGCUGGCAGUCGAUGAAGAUGAUGGACAGCUCUCCAGGGAGCUGAUCCCAGUGGAUGAGUCAUAUAUCCUGAAAGAUGAGGGAAAUGAAGAAGAAGAGGGCGAGGGCGAGGGAGAGGAAGGAGGAAACGAAGAAGACACUGGGCUUGCCAACCUGGCUCUGGAAUUGAAAGAUAAAUCAACCAUGUAUUCAGUGACUGUGAAGACUGGCGACAAGAAGAGAGGAGGCACAGAUGCCAACGUCUUCCUCACUCUUUUUGGUGAAGAUGAUGAUACAGGGACAAUUCUCCUGAAAUCUUCCAAGUCCAGCAACAAAGACAAGUUUGAGAGAGGGAGCAUUGAAAUCUUUACAGUGGAUGCAUUUUUCCUCGGAGAGCUUAAGAAAAUAAGGAUUGGUCAUGACAACACAGGCAAGUCUCCAGGCUGGUUUGUGGACUGGGUAGAGAUAGAUAUAUCAUCUCUAGGAAAAUGCCUGACGUUUCCCUGUGGACGAUGGCUGGGAAAAGAGGAAGACGAUGGGGCCAUCUACCGGGACCUCUACUGUGCAGAGCUAAAGACCAAAAAGUAUACUCCAUAUAUUCCUUAUGAAAUAACCAUCUACACCAGUGAUGUCUUUGCUGCGGGGACGGAUGCCAGCAUCUUCAUUGUAAUCUAUGGUUGUGAUGCCAUCUGCACCCAACAGAAGCAUCUAUGUACCACCAAAAGAGAGCAGAAGAUAUUUUUUGAGAGAAAUUCUGUCUCCUGCUUCAUUGUGGAGAUGGAGGAUAUUGGAGAAGUCAUUGAAAAAAUUCGGAUUGGACAUGACAAUGCAGGCAUGAAUGCUGGGUGGCACUGUGACCAUGUGGAUAUCCGGAGGCUCCUGCCAGAUAAAGAUGGAUCAGAGACUGUGACAUUCGCCUGUGAUCGAUGGCUUGCCACCUCUGAAGAUGAUAAGAAGAUUAUCCGAGAACUGGUCCCAUUUGAUAUAUUUACCGAGAAAGUAAUGAAAGAUGGGUCUUUAAGACAAAUUUAUAAGGAAAUAGAGGAACCUCUGGAUAUUGUUCACUAUUCAAUUCAGAUCUUCACUGGGAAUAUACCUGGAGCUGGAACGGAUGCUAAGGUCUUCAUCACAAUCUAUGGAGAUCUGGGAGACAGUGGGGAACGGUAUCUUGGCAAGUCAGAAAACAGGACUAACAAAUUUGAAAAAGGAACGGCUGACACUUUCAUCAUAGAGGCUGUUGAUCUGGGCGUCAUAUAUAAGAUCAAACUCCGGCAUGACAAUAGCAAGUGGUAUGCUGAUUGGUAUGUGGAAAAAGUUGAAAUCUGGAAUGAUACCAAUGAGGAUGAGUUUCUGUUCCUCUGCGGACGCUGGCUGUCCUUGAAGAAGGAGGAUGGACGGCUGGAACGACUCUUUUAUGAGAAGGAAUACGAAGGCGACCGAAGCAGCAACUGCAGUGCUCCUGAGGACUUCUGGGAGAUGACCCUCAGUUCCAAGAUGAGCGAAAUCGAUAUAGACACGGUGACUGGCCCUCUGGUGGACUAUGUUCAAGAAGGUCCACUGAUUCCUUACCAUGUGACCAUCACCACAAGUGAGCAGGAGGAUGCAGCCACUGAUAGCCGUGCUUUCAUCAUCAUUAUUGGAGAGGAUGAUGAGGUGACCAAACGCAUCUGGCUGGAUUACCCAGGGACGAAGAAAGGUUUCAGUGCUGGCUCUGUGGAGAAAUUCUACGUCGUAGGCCUGGAUGUAGGAGAAAUCAAGAAAAUAGAGCUGGGUCAUGACGGCACCUCACCGGAGAGCUGCUGGCUGGUGGAGGAGCUGAGUAUUGCUGUGCCUACCCAGGGGUGCAUGUACACUUUGCACUGUAAUUGCUGGCUUGCCAAGGAUCGUGGGGACGGUCUGACCUCCAGCGUCUUUGACCUUCUGGAUGCUGUGAUGGUGAACAUUGGAGUGAAGACCAUGUAUGAAAUGACUGUCUGGACUGGUGACAUUGUUGGAGGUGGCACUGAUUCCAACAUUUUUAUGACACUUUAUGGCGCCCAAGGGAGCACAGAAGAGGUGCAGUUGGACAAAAAGAAAGCUCGGUUUGAGAGAGGACAGAAUGAUACUUUUGUUAUGGAGAUUGAUGACAUUGCCCCAUUCACAAAGAUGCGCAUGCGGUUGGAUGGGCAGGGCAACCGACCAGAGUGGUUCCUGGACAAGGUCCUCCUGAAGAAUAUGGACAAUGAUGACCUGACAAUGUUCUACUAUGGUGAGUGGUUAUCUGAGAGGAAGGGUAAAAAGAAGACCCUGGUUUGUGAGAUGUGUGCAGUGAUUGAUGGAGAAGAGGUGAUGGAGUGGACAUCCUACUCUGUUACAGUCAAGACCAGCAACAUUAUGGGGGCUGGCACUGAUGCCAAUGUGUUCAUCAUCAUCUUCGGAGAAAAUGGAGACAGUGGUAUCCUGCCCCUGAAGCGAUCCAAAAAUUGGAACAAGUUUGAGCGCAAUUCAUCAGACACCUUCAACUUCACAGACAUGCUGAGCCUGGGUCACCUCUGCAAGCUGAGGGUCUGGCAUGACAGCAAAGGAAUAUUUCCUGGCUGGCAUCUAAACUACAUAGAUGUGAAGGACAACUCCAGGGAUGAGACAUUUCGCUUCCCAUGUGAACGCUGGCUAUCAAAGAGUGAGGGGGACAGACAGACGGUCCGAGACUUGCGAUGUUCCAACAAUGAGAUCCUGGAAGAGAUGGAAGAAACCACUUAUGAGAUCGUCAUAGAAACGGGAGAUUCAGAUACCAGGGAGAACGCCUGGAUCGUUCUGGAAGGAAGAAAAAACCGAUCCAAAGAAUUGCUCAUCGAAAACAGCCCUAGGCACAGGGUGUUUAGAAAAAAUGGCACUGACAAAUUUGAAUUUGACAGCAUCUUUGUGGGUGAAAUAACAUCACUGAGUUUGUGGCACAUGCCCAGAGAAGGACAGAGGAUGCCUCCCAGGGAGAUACUCUGGCACGUGAAGACCAUCACCAUCACAGAGUUAGAGUUCAACAAUGUGUACUUUUUUAACUGUGACUACAAAAUCCCCCUAAAGAAAAAGAAAAAGUACUUCAAGGUCUUUGAGGUCACGAAGGUGACCGAGAGCUUUGCCAGCAAGAUACAGAGCCUGGUGUCGGUCAAGUAUGAGGUCAUAAUCACGACGGGUUAUGACCCUGGAGCAGGCACAGAUGCCAAUGUCAUGAUCACCAUCUUUGGCGCCAAUGGUGACACAGGGAAGCGGGAGCUUAAGAGGCGUAUGCACAACCUCUUUGAGAGGGGCCACACUGACCGCUUUUGCCUGGAGACUCUGGACCUGGGGGAGCUCCGUAAAGUGAGGCUGGAGCAUGAUGGCAAAGGUCCCAGCUCUGGCUGGCAAGUGGAGAGGGUGGAGGUUGCCAACACCAGCAGUGGAGUUGCCACCAUCUUUGCCUGUGGGAAGUGGUUGGACCCAAAGAAGGGAGAUGGACUGACCUGGAGAGACCUCUUCCCUACAGUUUGA